AUGUUCAAAAGACCCGGGAACUAUUUCUUCAUAGUGCCAUGGAUAGCGUUCAUUCCAUGGUAUGGUAUGCUAAUUGCGAUGCUUAUUUGCUGGGCUGCUCAAGGGCACCCCAUCUACUGGUUCAUGCACACUGAGCAGUUCCCAGUGUACAUAUCUGACAUAGGUGCCACCAACCUGAGACCGCUGUUCAUCGCCUGUGCCGGAUGGCAAGGUCUCGGCUAUGUCAUCACCAUCGCCUGCGAGUACUUCCAGAGAGCCGGCAGAUGGCCCUUCCGGAUGCCCAACUCGAAGUCUCCGCAUGUGGAGGCUGAGUACGACAACGUCUCCUCAUACACCGAGCGUCUGUUGCACUCACGCUUGCUGAUGCCUCCUUACUACACAAAGCAUGAGAGGAACCUGAUCUUUGCGAGCUUUGUGCUGGGGUGCAUAGGUGAAAUCGCCCUGCUGAUGUGUAGUAUCUUCUCAACUGCAAAGUACCACCAUGUGCACAUCUCAAUGGUGGCCAUUUUCUGCAUCUUCAUGCUCUUGUCCAUCGUCUGCUUGACCGCGGAAUAUUUCUCCAUGGGAAGACACUACGCCUCCAUCCACCCGCUCGCCGCCACCAAGGCUGACUUCGACCCCAGCAACCCCACAAACAUCGAUUCCCUACCUUGGAACAAGUGGACAGGCCACAUCUGGAACAAGUUCACCAUAAGUGCCACCUUGAAGACCAUAUGGUGUAUUGCCGCUAUAGUGUGGGCCAUCUGUUUCGGUGCCAUCCACGACAACUCCAAGAGUGCUUGCUUCGAGUGGCUCUUGGCUUUCUGGUUUGGUAUCAUAUUCAUGAUAAUAUCAGCAGACUUCUACCUGGGAAGCUUGUAUAAGAGGUCCAAGUACUUCCACCAGAUAGAGACAUUCGCUGGCUACUACAAAUAUGACAAGUUUGCUGGCGUACGCGACUAUGAAUCUAACGACAGCUCUGGCAAAUAUGAAGACAGCGACAGAACUGAGACCAUGGUUCAAGAAGAUUCACCAGUAGAGGCAUGA